GUUGGAAGUUUGGAGGGAGGUGGGGCUAUGAAGAAUUGUCCGGCGAUAGCGAAAAGGAAGGCGAAGGCGCGUGAAUUUCUCCGUCUCUUUCUCAGACAACUGCUUCCAAUUUCCGCCAUUAACGCUCUUCUCUUUCCCCACGUGUCUCUUCUUCUUCACCUUCUUCUUCUUCUCUCUCAUUCUCUCUCUCUCUCUCUCUCUCUCUUUUUCACUCACUCAUUCACUUCACUGGGUUUUCCCCAUUUUCCCAAUUCCUGCUUUUAGCUUCUUUGUUCUCAUCUAUUCUCUGUCUUCAUACACAUUCCAACUCCAUUUCAAAAACUCCCAAUUACCUAUCUUCUUCAACCUCACCAAAAUCCCAUCUCCACCCUUCAUGCUUCUUCACACCCCCCACUGAGAUUCAUUAGGCAGCGGCUAUUGGGUGUUUUCGUGAUGUUCAUCAAAUUCUUAUUCAAAAAGGAUGUUCGCAAGAUUCUCAAGCGCAAAGAUAGCGAUGCCGGCCAAAAGGGAAGAUCUCUGGAGGAUUUGCGAGGAUCAUUAUUUAGCAAAUUUCGCUCACCUGAAGGUGCCAAGCGUCAGCAGCAACGUUCCUGUGGUCCUGCUGUUGCUCUUACAUUCAAUUUCUUCGUUGCAGUUAGUAUUAUUUUCAUGAAUAAAUUGGUGCUUAAAACUGUCGGCUUUAAAUUUCCAAUAUUUCUCAGUUUCAUUCACUAUUUCAUUAGCUGGAUGUUGAUGGCUAUUUUCAACUUUUUCUCUAUCCUUCCUGCAUCUCCUCUAUCCAAGACUACCCGUUCAUCUACUCUACUUACACUUGGUUUAGUUAUGUCCCUAUCUACAGGGCUUGCUAAUGUAAGCUUGAAAUAUAAUAGUGUGGGUUUUUAUCAGAUGGCAAAGAUUGCUGUAACUCCGUCAAUUGUACUGGCAGAAUUUAUAUUAUAUGGAAAGAAAGUUUCUUUCUUGAAGGUCCUAGCACUUGUGGUGGUGUCCGUUGGUGUUGCUGUGGCCACGGUUACUGAUCUGCAGUUUGAUCUCUUUGGUGCUUGCAUUGCAUUAGCAUGGAUCAUUCCUAGUGCAGUUAAUAAAAUUCUUUGGUCCAGUCUGCAACAGCAGGAGAAUUGGACAGCAAUGGCGUUAAUGUGGAAGACAACACCUAUUACAUUGUGCGGUUUUAUUGCUUUAAUACCUUUCUUAGACCCGCCUGGUGUUACAUCUUUCAAUUGGAGCUACUAUAAUACACUCGCUAUUCUGCUUUCAGCAAUUCUGGGUUUCUUGCUUCAGUGGUCGGGUGCCUUAGCCCUCGGGGCUACGUCUGCUGUCAGCCAUGUUGUACUCGGACAGUUUAAAACCUGCGUCAUUCUUCUUGGGAACUACUAUCUGUUUAAUGCUGAUCCUGGCAAAACUAGUAUAUGCGGCGCGUUCACAGCUAUAAUGGGAAUGUCUGUUUAUACCUACCUUAACUUGAGACAGCAACAAACCAAAAUAUCUAAACAAGCUUCCUCUUUUCCGAAAUCUAAGCUUAGCAAGGAAAAUGGAAGCUCUCAUGACGAGAAAUUUGGGGAGGAGUCUGUUUAAGCUGGGAGAUGAACAAUUUGAGUGGCAUAAAGUUAAGGAUAUCUGUCAAUACUUCGCAGGCAUUUCAUUGAUUUGUUUUUAGCUAACUCUUUCAUUUUUAUGCAGUUAGAGAGUAGGGAUAUAUGCAUGUUAAUAUGAGUACACUGCUUAAUUUUUUAUUGCAUAGUAAUUUGUUAGUCAGGAUCCGGAAAGCAAUUCUCUGCUUCAUAAUCUUUUAUUCUCUUGCAAUUUUUUUCCUGACUUGAGAGUCGUUAAACUAUUAACUAUACAAUGUAGAAAUGAAAUAUAUGUUGAAGCCAUUACAUUUUUUGCUUCAUUCUUGUGCAACAACAAAGCUCCUGUUAAAUUUUGAUUAUUUUGGCAGCUCAUUCUUGGCUUGAGGUGCUGUGAACUAUUGGCCAUGGCCUUUUACUCUUUGUUGAUUGCCUCCAAUGUGUAAUGAUUAGAGGCAUUCAAUUGGUAUAAUUACUGAACAUGUUGAGAUAGUUUUGCUAAAUGGGACUUGGGUUGUAAUUGUUUUUUAGAAUAGAAGAUGCUUGUGUUUUUAAGCAUUUUUAGACCAAUAUUGAAGCAUUGGGAUGUAUACGUUGAAGAAGAUGAAAUCUUCCCAAAAAAGAUUCUUCCUUUGGUUCUGGUCCCUUGUAGAAGCUUAACUACUCAUGAUAAGAUUCAGAGGAAACUUAAAAACAGCUCCUUGGCUCCCUCUACGUGUUGUCUUUGCUUGAAAGAUGCGAAAUGUCUAGACCACUUAUUUCUGUAGUGUGAUUUUGUCACUAAGGGGUGAACUCUUCUGUUUAGUAUCUUUGGUGUGGAGAGUUGUCUCCCAAACAGUAUUGAUGAUUGGAUGCUUGAUGGGCUUGAUAGCUUGCCUUCAGUGGUAAAGGGAAAGUUCUUUGGAGAUGUGUUAUGUGGUCUCUCUUGUGGUGCCUUUAUAAAGAAAGUGUUGCAAAACGUUGUUUAGCUCUAAGGGCAUUUUAGUCUUUUACUUGGUGUCUACAGUCUAGAGUUUGACCUAUGGCUAUUUAUAUUAUCUGUUCCUGUAUUGUGUAGUGUAUAUCAGAAAUUAAUAAAAACUCUUUAUCGUGGUUUUUUCUCCCUGGCUUAGGGUUUUCUACGUAACUUUCGUGUUUUUUCUUCUACCCUUUAUUUUUCAAUAUGGUAUCAGAGCAAGGUGAUGAGACCUUAGCUGGGUUAGAAGAAAUUCAGUCAUCAACCCUAGCAGGUGAUGAGACUCUGAUGGAAAAUUCCCAAAGUGCUGAAAUUAGGGUUAUCGUCGACCACCAUCCAUUCUUGGCCCAAUACAGGUCUAGCCGCAACCAGUCGGAGUAGAAGCAGUUGGCCCCUCAUUUGCGUAGCCCUCUGCCUCGUUCGUGCAGCACCAACUAACUUCCGAUCGGGCAGCUUUAGUCGGCUCCUUCCCUUAUGUUGUACAACAACACCUUGGACUACCUCCGAUCGGGCAGUACCCUCCUUGCCCGAGCGUUCAAGCUUCGCAGAUUGGGGCGUUGGGAGCAGUUAGUUAGACCUUCGCUGUAGCAGGCUCCGGUGGCUUCUAGGGUUCAACGCUGUCUCCUUCAACCUACCCAGCAAUGUCUCUGCCCUGUGCAUCAAGUCAACAGUCGAACCAACUUGUCCAGUCAGUCUAGCUGAACCAACUAGUCCAAUCGGUUCAGUCGGCCUUGACCCUUGCUUCUUCCAUGCCAGUCGAAAUGACCUUUUCAGGGCCUAUGGGCAGAAAUAUCCCAUGCCUACUACAUUUCAAGUCGAGUCAGUGGGUUAUGGUGGGACCAUUGGAUUUCAAUAACAGUUGGCUAAUUUGCAGCAGCAGAUUUCCCCACUCGGGGCAACCUUUAGAUCCACAGCAAGUCAUUCGAUCGAUUCUCAUCUAGAUUUGUAUUAUGGCCUUCCGUUAUGUUCAGAAACCUAGGUAACUGCUUAUCCUACUUUACCUAUUACAAAUAUUAUGUCUUGGUUUUGUGGGUAAUUCCACAAGGAUAACAAUCGGCGAAAAACUUAACGGACAGAACUAUUUUUCCUGGUCUCAAUCUGUGAGAAUGGUCCUUGAGGGACGACAUAAGUUCGGGUAUCUAACUGGAGAGAUACCAAGACUGAACCGGGGGACCCUUAGGAGCGUAUAUGGAAGGGGGAGGAUUCCUUCUUCCACUCAAUUCUGAUAAACAGUAUGGAACCUCAUAUUGAAAAGCCCCUGCUCUAUUUAGCCUUAGCUCGGGAUAUUUAGGAAGCUGUCCAGAAACUAUAUUCGAAGAGACAGAAUGCUUCAUGACUUUAUACGUUGAGGAAACAAGUAUAUAAGUGCAAACAAGGGACCCUAGAUGUAACGUCCUAUUUCAAUAAAUUGUCACUAUUAUGGUAAGAAAUGAGCCUGUGUCACGAUGUUUUCUGGAAUUGCCCAGUUGACGGGGUCCAGUAUUCAAAGAUUGAGGAGGCUGAUCGUGUUUAUGACUUCCUGGAUGGCUUGAAGUCGAGAUUUGACACUGUCCGGACUCAGAUUUUGGGACAAAGACCAAUGUCGUCCUUUAUUGGAGGUGUGCUCAGAAGUCAGACUUGAAGAGGGUAGAACAAGCGCUAUGAAUGGUACAACCGCCACUACCUUGGACUCUGCUGUGUUUGGGGUCAAGUCGUCUGGAUCUGAGAAUGAUAAGCAAAAUGGAAAGUCUCCGCCAAUUUGUGAGCACUGUAAAAAACCAUGUCACACCAAAGACCAAUGCUGGAAAUUACACGGUCGUCCACCAAAUGGCAAGCGGCGUCCUCCGAAUGAUAAAUCUAAAUCCAGUCGAGCCCUUAUGAGUGAAGAUGUUGAUGGUGCUCCCUAGGUGAUCAGUUCUAUUGAUCCAGGUAUGAUUGGAACCGACAAUAUUGUUCAAUCAGGUACUCCUCAGUCCUUUAGUUUCUUUGUUGAGGGGGAUGAGUCUUGGAUUCUUGACUCGGGAGCGGCUGAUCACUUAAUUGGAUCAUCUGACCAAUUCCCCUCCUAUUAUCCAACGCUGGAAAUGAGAGAAUACGAAUUGCAGAUGGGUCCUUUUCCCCAGUUGCUGGGAAAUGUCACUUGUCUACGAUUCAAGGGUUGAUUUUACAGAAUGUUUUACAUGUGCCAAAAAUCUCUUACAAUUUGCUAUCGAUAAGUAAAAUAACUAGAGAUUUGAAUUGCAAAAUUGUUUUCUCACCAGAUGAUGUUUUGUUUUAGGACUUGAGCUCGGGGAAGAUGAUUGGCACUGCCCGGCACGAUAGGGGGCUCUAUUUCCUUUCCAAUGAUGCUUCUUCUAGGAGUGUGUCUAGGACUAGUUUGUUAUCUUCUCUUAUUGUUUCUAAAACUGACUAUUUAUUAUGGCACUUUCGUCUUGGACAUCCAAGCUUUCAUUAUAUGAAAUACUUGUUUCCCCACUUAUUUCAUAAUGUGAAUGUGUCGUCUUUAUCUUGUGAUGUUUGUAUUCGUGUAAAACAGUCCAAGGCCUCUUUUCCUUCUUAACCCUAUAAACCUUCCCGACCUUUUCAUUUGAUACAUAGUGAUGUUUAGGGUCUGUCUAAUGUCACAACUGUGUCAUAGUUUGUCACCUUUAUUGACGAUCAUACCCGUCUUACAUGGGUGUUUCUCUUUACUGAAAAAUCUAAAGUGAUGAUGGUGUUCCAACAAUUUUACACUACUGUCGAAACUCGAUUCAAUACUAAAAUUGCCAUUCUUCGAAGUGACAAUGGACAUGAGUUUGUUAAUCAGUCUCUUCUUGAGUUUUUGACUUCUAAGGGCAUCGUCCACCAGAAUUCCUAUGCUUAUAUCCUUUAGCAGAAUGGGGUGGCUCGAAAAAACCACCACCUCAUUGAAGUAGCUUAAUCUCUCAUGACACCUGCGUCCUUACCCUCGUAUCUAUGGGAAGAUGUUCUUACUGCAGCUCAUCUUAUCAAUCGGAUGCCCUCCCGUAUGCUUAAAUUCCAAACACCCUUAGAGUGUUUUAAAGAGUCUUUCUCGUCCACUCGCCUUUUCCCCGAUGUUUCCCUUGGGGUGUUUAGCUGUACCUUUUUUUGUUCAUAAUCAUGGUCCUCACCAGAGUAAGUUUGCUCCUCGGGCCCAAAAGUGUGUGUUUGUUGGGUAUCCCCUUCAUCAAUGGGGCUACAAGUGUUUUCAGUCUUCCUCUCGAAAGUAUUUUGUCACCAUGGACGCCACCUUUCUCAAGGAUAAACCCUUUUUUCCCGUUAGUCCUCUUCAGGGGGAGACCACUAGUGAAGAGGCUAACACAUCCACCUAUUCUGUUCCUAGAGAUCUGUUUCUUAAGCCUAUCCCUGAGACAAAUGACUCUGUCCUUCCUACGAAACAAGUGCCCUGGAUAACCUACUAUAGGAAAAAUCUCCGAAAGGAAAUAGUUCCCCGUGUUGCUACAUAGGAAGUUGUCCAAGAGUCAGAACCGAAACUAGCUCAAGGUGCCUCUAUUCUUGAU